AGGAGGCUGUGGGAGAGGAGAGCCAUCAGAGACACAGCCAGCUUGUCUGUCUCCACCAGCAUCUGCUGAGCCAUGAGCCAGGCCCGGGAUUUGCAGGGAGGUAAGGCCUUUGGGCUGCUGAAGGCCCAGCAGGAAGAGAGACUGGAUGAAAUCAAUAAGCAAUUCCUGGAUGACCCCAAAUACAACAGUGACGAGGAUCUGCUCUCCAAAUUGGAAGCCUUCAAGAAGAAAUACAUGGAGUUUGACCAGAAUGGAAACGGAGAUAUUGAUAUCAUGUCUCUGAAGCGAAUGUUGGAGAAACUUGGGGUACCCAAGACCCACCUGGAGCUAAAGAAACUAAUCAAGGAGGUUUCCAAUGGCUCUGGGGAGACUUUCAACUACUCCGACUUUCUCAGGAUGAUGUUGGGCAAGAGAUCUGCCAUCCUGAAAAUGAUCCUGAUGUAUGAAGAGAAAGCAAAGGAGCAGGAGAAGCCAACACAUCCUCCAGCCAAGAAAGCGAUCUCUGAGCUGCCCUGAUCUGUGGUGGGAUUAAAGGGGCUUCUAGCGACCCCAACACGAGAAAAGGAAACAAAAUUGUGAGCCAGAGUCGCACUAAAAUAAAUUCUUCUUCUCUAGAUGAA